AACACCUCCCCCGUCACAGUGCCACUAGCUACGACCACGGCAGCAGUACAGCAGUACUAGUACCGUACCGACCGGGGAAAGACCCAGCUUCCGACUAGACUGAGAUCUCUCCCUACUAUUACCAGACCCACAGCCUAGUGGCAUCCAUGUGACACACGUAGCGCGCCGACAUGGAUUUUCGCCUUGUUCUACUGGUGGCGGCGGCGGCCUGCCUGCCGUCGGCGGCCUGGUCGGGGCGUCGGCAGGAUGAGGCCGGGAACAACCUGUGGACGGAGGCCGACCUGGAGCGCUGGCCCAGGGACUCCGAGAACAACUUCGCCUUUUGGGAGAACCUGUCCCGGAGGUGGCAGAUGGUUCGCGUGGUGCAGUUGUACUGCCGGACGGGAUAUCACCUCCAGGUUUUCCCCGACGGAGCCAUCAACGGGACCCGCCAGGACGAGAGCCCGUGGGGUAUCAUGGAGAUCCGGCCGGCCGGUCUGGGCAGCGUGGUGAGCAUCAAGGCGGUGUUCAGCGGCAGGUACCUGGGCAUGAACAGCAAGGGAGACCUCUACGCCGCGGACAAAAUUGGCGAGGAGACGGCCUUCACGGAAUGGACGGACAAGGCUGGGUACAAGGUGUACGAGUCCAUCCUGUACGGACACUCGGGUCCCGAGGCCAGGAAAUUCUGCGUGGCCCUGAACAAGAACGGGAAGCCCAGGAACGGGCGCAGGACCAAGAGGUCCCGGGCCUCCGCCCAGUUCGUCCCGCGCAAUAUGGGCGAGUCGUCCCGCCUGCCGACCAACAGAGCCAUGAGACUUGUCAGGUACAGGAAGAAGCAGAAGAAACAGCGCAGACGAAACAGAAGAAAACAGAAGCGACCGUCUAGGCAGUAAAGUAUGCGACAAAGGACCUCAAUAAUAGAGAUAGAUAGGCGAGUGCAUUGCUCCGAAUGAGAGGCUGGCAUCUGGCGAGAGACUCAGUCGGGGGUUGCAACAACUACUUUGGACGUUCAAGUUCGCUCUCCUGUAUUAUUGUCAACUCCUAACAGACAAUUCCCUGAAUGCAACGAAUAUUCUUGCCGAAUUUCGAAAUUCUCCGAACAUUUGGUCCAAGUUGACGACGACAUGCACGAUCCGCAAGAAUGGAGUUCUCAGUCCCAUGGCGAAGCUCAAGUUACGAACUCUAGUCGAGAAAAACAGAUACUUCCAAGCACAACUACCGAUCUAACCAAUACGUGAUGACAGGGGCAACUGAUGUUCUGAAUCACAAUACAGUGUCAAACAAAGUGCCAAACAGAGUGCCAAAGAAAGAACCUGACCGUCUCCAAGGGCAGUCGCAAGACGCAAGAUGAGUGACGACAACGUGUACAACAACUACACCGAAAAUUAGAGACUUUCCAGCGACUUGACUGUGAGUGGUGGUGUCACUCCACCGUGAAAACAUGAAGUAUUGGUCUUUGCAUCAUUAUCUAUAUCCUACCGACUUGUUGAGUCUUUUAGAAUUGUCAUAUUUAUCUUCAUACACAUUGCAUAGGCCGUCCAGACAGUCUAUAGCCACAAACUUGCUGAACAGAAUAGUCUUAUGGUCAUAACGUGUAUCUUUUUAUGUCGGGUUAUGCGUUGCUAAAUAGUUUUGGAGAUAUAGAUCAGUGUCAAAUCCCAUAGUUGUGAUAAUGAGCCCUAUGUGUAUGCAUUGAAGCCACCAUAUGGCUCACAGUUCAUUGAUUUACAGAAAUCCGUAAGCCACGUAGCCUUAAUUAAAUAGCGACAGGUGUCAGUGCAGGAUGACCAGACCCAGGAGUGUCCGUCACUUCUAAGAAACUAGCCAGUCGUCGCGCCAAACCAACAACAACCCCUACAACACCGACUCGGUCAAUGGGGCGAAACUGAAGAGCUACGAACUUUCCUAAUUUUCGACUCGCAGUCAGUCUAUCUUUGUCGGACGUGGGUGAAACAUCAAAGCGGCGAUAAGAGCGGAGAAUUGGGGACUUUACAGGAGCGACGACUGAUCGGCACAUCCGCCUGCGCCGUCCGCCCACAUAGCGACCUUCCCCGCUCUCUUGUUUGUACUAGUAGCUGUUUCAGAGUCUCAGGUGCCUUCUGUUUUUCAGAGGCCAGAUAGCCCGGGUGCCAUCUUAUGUUUGUAUACCGGGCUCCCAUACUCUCCACCCAAAAAUAUUUUUCAGGGAGCAAGUAUUGGAGCCACGGUAUACAUGUACAAAUAGGAUGGCACCCAGGCUACAUUUUCAUAACGUACUGUAUGUACACCUUUUUCUGAUAAGUCUCUACCUAUCUCCCAAACCAUCACACCGAGUUAUUCGACUCGAAGAAGUAAACUAGCAGCAUGUGUGUCCUAAAGUGAUGAUAGAGGACUGGAAGAAUUGAAAGAGCCCGUUCUCUUUUUAAAUUAUUGUCGGGGAGCAGGCCCUGCGCGGCCUUUGACCCCCCGUUAGUGAGGAGACAGGAUGAGACAGCGGUGAAUUCCAAGGGGAUUAUCUCCUGUUUCUACUUAAUAGACUAGGUAACUUGAUACGUUCCCGGCUGCGAUGUAAGAAAGUUGUAUAUUUGUCCUGUAUAUAACAUCAUAUGAGAGGUAAGACAUUGUUUUCAUUAUAAAACAGACCUAGCUUCAAACUCAAUCGACUGACACAGCGGGAGGUGGCGUGGACGUCAGGGUGUUCUUAAACUUGGCAGUGUUGAUGUAGACCUAGGGGGACUUGAGGGGACAUGCUGAACUUCCUAUGGAAACGGACGAUAUAUUGUGCUAUUUCAACUUGGAUCGUUUUGAGAGAAGUGACAAUGAGGCAGUAAUAUAUAUUUCGCAAAGGUGUUAGCAGGUAUUUGUUGAAAACGGCUGUGACCGUUUUGUGAGAAGGACCGCAUAAGAGUUUAGUCAAUUUAUUCCCCUCAUGAAAUUUUAUAGACAGUUUAUACCCUGACGCUGCAAUGGAAUGUAUAAGAGCUUGCUAAUCUGUGUCGAAAGCAAAGUUAAUGUGACUGAUUGUUAAGUACAAUACCAUUUUUAACAUAAGCAUACGUACAAAUAGUUGUCAGUAUUGUUUUAGUUUCAUAUGAAGAACAGUUUAUACACAUGGUACAUAACGAUAGCAGCGACAAACACUGUUGUUGUGCUCCUAAUUAUGUUAUCAGUUUUUGCAACCGAAGUAUGACAAAGACAGUACCCCGUCUUGUUAAUUUGUACAAAUUAAUCCUAUAUUGAAGUAAAUAAAGCGAAUAAUAUGUU